AUGUCUACGGACGGGCUUGCCGCCCCGGGCAGCAGCCAGUAUUCGUCCGGCACCAUGUAUGUCGGCGACGGCACUUGGGAUUCAGAGAGGAACACUUUUCUGUUACCCAACCUCAUGGGCUUGAACUUUGACACCAUGCGCUACAACGGCAUGGGAAACCGAUUCAAGGAGCUGGCAGGCUACAAACCACUCAUAAUCGGCCAUGGAGUUGUCGCCGUCAUCGUCUUUCUUGCCAUCGUCCCCGCCGCCAUUUUCAUGGCCCGGUUCUACCACCGCAAUCCUCGUCUAGCUCUGCGCAUGCAUAUAUGGCUGCAAAUCUUGACCGUUCUGUUGACGACAGUGGUCUUCAUACUUGGGUGGUUCGCUGUCGGCCCGGAAAGGAGUCUUACCAACCCGCAUCAUGGUAUCGGCUUGGCCAUCUUCGUCCUCGUUCUCGUCCAGGCCAUUGGUGGCGGUCUCAUUCACCACAGAGAGAAGGGCAGGGAGCGUUUCAAGAUUCCCUUGAAGCUGAUGAUGCACCAAUGGCUGGGACGCGCAAUUGCCAUCCUUGGCUUCGUUCAAAUCCCACUUGGUCUCACUCUUUGGGGCUCUCCCAAGGUGCUUUUCGUGCUUUACGCCGUUUGGGGAUUCGGCCUUCUUCUCGCCUACUUUUACCUGUCGUGGAAGAACUUGCCGGUCGGCGCAUUCGAUGAAACGGGAACGUACAUCUCUGAUUACACAGCUGUGACCGACGAUAGACAGAGUCGCCGAAGCCAUCGACGCGGCCUUGGCGCUUUGGCUGCUGCUGGUGCCGCAGGAGCCGGACUGGCAGAAAUGCGCAGGAGAUCGCAGAGUAGAAGACGCUCUGAAGUGACCGAACAGCAUACCGUCCUCAGCUCGCGGCCUACAACAUCACACCGCCGGCCCGGCUCCCGCCACGACCAUGAUGAAUCUUAUCUAGAUGAGAAAUAUUCCGAAGAUGGCGGUCGCCGUGGCCAUACGUGGCGCGAUCGACUGCUGGGUGCUACUGCAGGCCUUGGUGCGCUCGCGGCUGUCAAGGGUCUUUUCAAUCGCAGAAAACGGGAGGAAGAGAGCGUCGUCAGCAGCUACGUACCCCCGCCUGGAGGAGCGACUUCUGUCACGCAGACGGAUUUGAGUAGACUCGAGGAAGGCCGAGCUCCCGCUUCUCCUGGAAACGCUGCAGACCGCUACAGACGCACCCAGGAGAGCGAGGUAGCAGAGGACGCUGCCUUUUCGGGGAGCCCAGUGCGCAGAACUGGCCCCCACACAAGAAGAAGCGGCGAUUCCAUCGAUUCUUGGGAUGACCGGGAGAGCUUCGAUAGCAUUCGCGAUGAACCGCACGGUGAUGGCCACGGUGCUCGAAACGGCCUCAUGGCACUGGGCCUUCUUGGCUUCAUUAAGCACAAGCUAGGCCAACGGAAAAAGGAUAAGGAGCAGACACGGGUGGAGGACAUGCGGCAGCAGGAUCUCGAAAACGAGCGAAUUGCGCGGAUGGACAGCAAUCGGCGGAGGUUCACAGGGGAUGGGACGCCUCUGACAGCACCUGGCAGGCGGUACUCGGAUGGCACUGAAAGUACCUUUGACUUCAGGGGAAACAACCCUGAGCUUUCCCGCCACUCGCUCCCUCGCCCUGGCCCGGUCACACCCACACGACCCACAAUGGGAAGCAGAAUCGAGACGGUCGGUGAGGGCACACACCACCUGACGGGGGUACCUCCACCACCACACGAUCCGUUGCCCGUGCCCGCUGGCGGAAUGUACGCAGACUCGGAUUCCGAGCUCUAUGCGGCGCCAAGCAGGCAUUCUCACCGCCGUCACUCUAAGCGGGAUGCGGCAUUGGCUGGUACUGGCGCUGCAGUAGCCGGAGCUGCAGCAUCGCGGCGAGGCCAUAGCCGACGACGACCACACAGCAGUGACACUAACCUUACGUCGCCGCCCGUAUCAGUCAAGGUCAAGAUGCACAAAGAUGGUCGCCACGUCACCUUGCGCCGCCUGGGCGAAGCGGAAGCAGCAGCCGAACGAGAGGCGCGGCGGCGCGAGCGCAAGCGCGCGGGCAGUCUGAGCUCCGUGAGCGGUGACGAACGCUGGCGACGCACGGAAAUGAUGGAGGCACAACAGGCAGCAGACAUGGAGAAGGACAGAAGUCGAUUCUCAGCUACAACCCAAGCCGAGUCGACUGUGCCUCCUCUCCCAACGAUGGACCACCCACUUUCGCCGGGCCCUCCACCCGUACCGAAACACCAGUCGUCCCCUCAAUCGGCAACGGGGCUGCCGCCGCCGGCAGGCACCAUGAGCGGGCUUGGCAGCUUGGGCAGCGGAGGUGACCCUUUCAGCCCAGCUGGCACGGAGCAGAGCAGAGCCGACAGCAAUCGGCGGCGGCGCAGGGCGGAGCGGGCGCAGGCGAGGCUAGCAAGAGGUGGCGGAACAGGGAGCAGGGUGGAGUUCACGUAG